GAAGCUGGGAUCCACAAUUGUGGCCGGAAACUCAUUUACAGUAAGAUUGUUACCAGGCGUGGUCCCAAUAUUGUACAAUCGGGUUUAAUUCAUGCAAUUAUUUGAUGUUUCCGAGGAAGUCCUUUAAAGAAGGAAAACCUUCAUGGCCACCUCAGACUUACCGAGGAGGCACUGUUGCGAGCUGACUAAACAUUUUCUGAGAGGCCACCGGGAGGCCGCUAUCAGUUUUGACUGAGGGAGUUGAAGUCUUAACUCACCUCUGAUUGGAUUCUUCGUAGGACCCUUGGAUCGUCCCCUCUAUUGCUUUUGGCACGCUUGCGAGAGUUUUCUGCUGCUUCUUCGCCUGAUCGGAUGCAAGCGUCACUGCUUUUUGCGCUACGUACUUAAGGUUGUUUUCGCCCGUCCCUUGGCCAGCUACCAUGGAGACCAGACCCGAUCUGCUGUCUUUGCCUGACGACGCGCUGCUGGCCGUGCUGGCCUUCCUGCCCGCCAGGACGCUCUUCGCCUGCCGCGUGGCGUGCCGCCGCCUCAGGGACCUCUGCCUGCACCGCCACCUGUGGCGCUCCGUCUGCGUGGAGAGCCUGGGAGUGCUGCGCGCCGCGACGGCAGCCCUCGUCCCAUGCAUCGGCAGGAUAUCUCUCGACGUGCCGCUGCGAUCCACGGCCGCCCUCUUGAAAGACACUGCGUGCGUUGUCCGUGCGCUGGAGCUGGCGGUGCAGAACUCGCAAGAUGCCGCCCUGGCCUCCACUCUGCUCAGCGAGGUCUCCGCGGUCGGCGGCGCCACGGAGCUCGUCCUGCUCAUCAAGUGCAGGCGCCCCAACGCGCUGCAGCCGCUGCUGAAGGCGGUCUGGGACAGGCGUGGCCUGCUCACCCUCGACGUGACCAACAACUCGCGCAGGCCGCUGCCCAGCGACUGGUGCGAGACCGUUGGGGUGCCCUCGCUGACCAGGCUUCGCUACGACUCGCCCUCGGCGGACCCUUUCCUGGAACUGCUGCUGCGGACACACGCCGCUACACUGCAACACGUGGAGCUACAGCGACUGGAGGACGUCCCCGCGUCGCUCCUCGCUCACGCUCUCCAGCUGCGCUCCCUGAAGUGUUCGCCCUGUGAAGGCUUGUCCCAGCUGGUGGACUUGCCCGAUCUGUCCAGCAUCGACCUAUCCCAUGAAGGAGAGUCCAACUGCCACUGCCUGCAAGCGACCGCCGCAUUCCCGCGAGGUACCCUGGCAUUCCUCACAGAGGCGUCCCACCUACGGAGCGUCACGCUCUGCGUUUUCACGGAGGACUCUGAAGCGCCACUGCGUGCGCUUAGCCUCUCGCCAUCCGCCGCAAACAUUGAAAACCUCGUUGCACUCGCUCAUGAUCAACCCGAAUCAUACUUACUGGGGGAGAUCGCGCCUUUCCUAUCCUCGUUUCGCAGCUUGAGGACCCUGAUAGUCGAGGACGAGCCUGUGCACGAGUUCCUGGAGGCAGUCUCGCCCGCUGCACUACCGUGUCUCACUACGCUCAAGUUUUGCAUCCAUGAGGACUCGUGCAUGCACGGCACGCUGCACACCCCAGGCGUCCACGACCUCCUCAUCCGAAACCCUCGCCUGCACGUAUACAAUUUUGACCUGCAUGUUGUUUGUUGUGGCGAGUGCCCAUGGUGCAGGUGGGGCUGCCAUGAGCCUCUGAAAGGCACUGCUAACCGCGAGGUGUGCUACUCGUCGCACAGCAAAUCCGCCAGUUGCCCAGAGGAGUGUUUCCAGGCUUUCAGUCCCAGUUACCUACCCUAUCCGAGGAAUAACUAACGCGUGGUUCGAACGAGUCUCCCCGUUUCUG